AUGGCGCGGUGUCACCCCGCCGCCACCUCAGCCAAGCGCCGCGCCGCCCCUCCAAACCCUAGCCCGCCCCCUCCGCCCGCCGACGGAUUGCUUCCGCUCCUCCACGCGGCGAGCCGCGGCGACCUCCGCCUCUUCAAGAGGCUGGUGAGAGAUCUGGAUCAGGGCAGGGCCCGUCCCAGGGAGGUGGUGGAGGCGGCCAAGGACCAAGGUCUCGUGGCGCUGCACUUUGCUGCCGGGAAGGGAAGGCCACGGGUGUGCAGGUACCUGGUCGAGGAGCUAGGGGUCGAUGUGGACGCCGUCGACGAUGGAAAAUUGGGCUAUAGGAAACUGUAUGUUGACCAGCAAUUUACAACGGUCAUGCUAUUUUGUGAAUCAGAUGCAUAUAUACAUGUUUUAGUGUGUCUGUUUACUCAUUUUAGUCCGCAUGCAUGUACUUCAUACUGA